CUCUAGCUCCGCCCGGGGAAGUCGCUGUCCUUACCUUCGGCAGGACCUCGCGCCGCCCCGUCUGCGCUCACUUGUGCUCAGCUCGGUCCUGCCUCUGUCCGCUGCCCUCCUGCCUCCCACCAUGGCCCUGCUGCACUCUAGUCGCGUCCUUUCCGGGGCUGCCGCUGCCUUCUACCCAGGCCUCGCCGCCGCGGCUUCUGCCAGAGCCAGCUCUUGGUGGGCCCACGUGGAGAUGGGGCCCCCAGAUCCCAUCCUGGGAGUCACAGAAGCUUUUAAGAGAGAUACCAACAGCAAAAAGAUGAACCUGGGAGUCGGGGCCUACCGAGACGAUAACGGAAAGCCUUACGUGCUUCCUAGUGUCCGGAAGGCAGAAGCUCAGAUUGCUGCAAAAAAUCUGGACAAGGAAUACCUCCCCAUUGGAGGACUGGCAGAAUUUUGUAAGGCGUCUGCAGAACUGGCCCUGGGUGAAAACAGCGAGGUGUUGAAAAGUGGCCGGUAUGUCACCGUGCAGACCAUUUCUGGAACCGGGGCAUUAAGGAUUGGAGCUAGUUUUCUGCAAAGAUUCUUUAAGUUCAGCCGAGAUGUCUUCCUGCCCAAACCGUCCUGGGGAAACCACACGCCCAUCUUCAGGGAUGCUGGCAUGCAGCUACACGGUUAUCGAUACUACGACCCCAAGACUUGUGGCUUUGACUUCUCAGGUGCUAUAGAAGACAUUUCGAAAAUGCCAGAGCAAAGUGUUCUUCUUCUGCAUGCCUGUGCUCACAACCCCACGGGAGUGGACCCUCGUCCUGAGCAGUGGAAGGAAAUAGCCACGGUGGUGAAGAAAAAGAAUCUGUAUGCAUUCUUUGACAUGGCCUACCAAGGCUUUGCCAGCGGAGACGGUAACAAGGAUGCCUGGGCCGUACGCCACUUCAUCGAACAGGGCAUCGAUGUUUGUCUCUGCCAAUCGUACGCAAAGAACAUGGGCUUAUACGGUGAGCGUGUGGGGGCCUUCACCGUGGUGUGUGCGGAUGCUGAUACGGCCAAAAGGGUGGAAUCACAGUUGAAGAUCUUGAUCCGUCCAAUGUAUUCCAAUCCUCCUCUCAAUGGAGCCCGGAUUGCCUCGACUAUUCUGACCACGCCAGAUCUUCGAAAACAAUGGUUGCAGGAAGUGAAAGGCAUGGCCGACCGCAUCAUCAGCAUGCGGACCCAGCUGGUGUCCAACCUCAAGAAGGAGGGCUCCUCCCACAACUGGCAGCACAUCACCGACCAGAUCGGCAUGUUUUGUUUCACGGGGCUCAAGCCCGAGCAGGUGGAGCGGCUCACCAAGGAGUUCUCCAUCUACAUGACCAAGGACGGCCGCAUCUCCGUGGCAGGCGUCACCUCUGGCAAUGUGGGCUACCUUGCCCAUGCCAUUCACGAGGUCACCAAGUAA